UUGAGUUUGAGCACCAAACAAUUAAACGCUUUUUUUGGGCAAUAGAGUUGAGAAAGAAGAAAACCUCCAUAAAUGUCGACAGUGUACGUUUUGGAACCGCCGACGAAGGGGAAAAUCGUACUUAACACGACGUAUGGGCCAUUAGAUAUAGAACUAUGGCCAAAAGAAGCACCAAAAGCUGUAAGGAAUUUUGUUCAAUUGUGUCUCGAAGGUUACUAUGAUAAUACCAUUUUUCAUCGUGUUAUCAAAUCUUUCCUUGUUCAAGGUGGUGACCCUACCGGCACUGGCACUGGUGGUGAAAGCAUAUAUGGUGGUGUGUUUCCUGAUGAAUUUCACUCCCGUUUAAGAUUCAAACAUAGGGGUUUGGUGGCAUGUGCCGGUGCAGGCUCACCGAAUUCAAAUGCAAGUCAAUUCUUUAUGACUUUGGAUCGUUGUGACUUUCUCGACAAGAAGCAUACAAUCUUUGGAAAAUUAACUGGGGAUUCAAUAUAUAAUCUUAUUACAUUGGGUGAAGUUGAAACUGGCAAGGAUGAUCGACCUAUGGAUCCUCCACCUAAGAUACUAUCUGUAGAGGUAUUAUGGAACCCUUUUGAGGAUAUUGUCCCAAGAGCAAAGCCCGCAAAAGCUUUACCUUCUGGAGUUACAACUGAGAAGAAAGAUGCAAAACAGAAAGCUACCAAAAAGUUGAACUUGCUUUCAUUUGGAGAAGAAGCAGAAGAGGAGGAGAAAGAGCUUGUAGCUGUGAGUGCAAGGAUAAGAAGCAGUCAUGAUGUCUUGGAUGAUCCACGUCUGCUGAAGGAAGGAAAACAUGAUCAAGCUUUGGACUCAUCUGAAGGAAAAUCAACAAGGGAUGUGCAGUUGACCAUUAGAGAAGCUUUGGGAUCAAAGAAGGAAGCAUCUUGUAAAGAAUCAGAAGCGGGUUUUCAAGAAUCCCUUGACAACAGUGAUGAAGAUGAGGCUGACUUUGAUGCACGAAUGCGUCAGCAGAUACUAAAAAGGAGGAAAGAACUUGGCGAUCCGCCACCCAAACAGAAGUUGCUUAGUGAGAAUGGGAAUGCAAGAAAUCGUUCACCAUCUCCUUCAAGGUGCAGCAGGUCUGAUGCUGUACAUGAUGAUGACCGGCCAAAAGUGGAUAAGUUGUCUCUAAAGCGAAAAGGUAUAGGCUCUGAAGCGAGAGCUGAACGUAUGGCCAAUGCAGAUACAGACUUACAGUUGUUGUCUGGCCCUGAGCGAGAAAGACAGCUGCUAAAGCAAAAGAGACGAGGACGAAAAGGACACGAAGAAGACAUGCUAGCAAAAUUGGACAAAUUUAAGGCUGGACUUUCUGCUAAAGCCAAUGAAUCUGCUAAUGCGGCCGAGGAGAAAGAGUUAUCUGAUUGGGCAGCAGUUACAUUAAAAUUCACUCCUGAACCUGGAAAGGACAAAAUGUCUCGUAGUGAGGACCCCAAUGAUUACGUGGUACACGAUCCUUUGUUGGAGAAAGGAAAAGAGAAGUUCAAUAAAAUGAUGGCCAAGCAAAAGCGACGAGAAAGAGAAUGGGCUGGUAAAUCUCUUACUUGAGCUGAUCUUCCAGCUGAAGAAAAGAUGGAAUUGCUAUAUGUGAAGUUAUUCGGCAUUCAUAUUGUAGAGGCAAUGAUGUUGGUUCCCCUCUUUGUGAAGCAAAGAGCUUUGUACUGGACCAAAAUAGUUCGCUGAACUAUGGCAUUUUGAGUAUCAAUAUCCUCUUCCCAAAGAAGUUACAGAAGUGCCAAACCAAAUAGUUCUUCUGGUGUUAUUAUUUAUCCUGUCCUGUGAUCUUUUUCUUUUAUUCAAAAUGAACAGGAAAUGUUGUACCAAUAUACUUUUGGUUUCAAUUGAAUGUGGAAAUGAAUACUUGACAAUGUAAA